CUUAAACACAAAAUACCGCUGACGACGUUAUAGAAACCUUGUUGCAAAUGGUACAGUAAAAAGCUCUUAGAAUAUUCAAUAACCUUGGUUGACAAAGGAUCACGUUGAAAUCACGAGAUUUCCUGAGCCAGGGAUGAAAAUCACGACAUAUCAAGGUGUUGUCUCGAUUCUUAAACACAAAAUACUACAGACAGCGUUAAAAUCAACUUGUUGCAGAACGACACAGCGCAAAGCUCUCAAGUCUCAAUAUUCAAUAACACUGUCGUCCAUAAAUGGCUCAGAGAAUGGAGAAAGAUGAACAAGGUUAUGAUGAAAGACGUUUUGAAGGAACAAUCAGCGAAGAUCUCUUCUGUUCUAUUUGUCAAGGAGUCCUCAGAAACCCUCGAACUUGCCAUAAAGAACAUGCAUUUUGUCAUUUCUGUAUUUCUGAACAUCUUCGUCAUUCCCACACGUGUCCUGAAUGCAGAGAACAUCUCACUCCAGAAACCCUGAAAGAUCCUCCGAGAUUUAUGAAGAAUACUCUCGCAGCGCUGAAAAUCAAGUGUGGAUACAGCGAAAGAGGUUGUCCAGGCUUUGUCUUGCUUGAGAAUUUACAAAAUCAUGUUGAUAAAUGUGGUUUUGCACCCGUGACUUGCAAGAAUGAAGGAUGUGGAAUGGAGGUGAAUAAAAGAGAUAAAGAUCUUCACGAGAAAGAUCUUUGUGAGUUUAGAAUCGCCAAGUGUCACGACUGUAAAGAGAUUAGAGCAAGUCAAGAAGAAACAAAGAAAACCGUUGAAGUCAUGAAGCAGUCUCAGGCGGAAAUGAAAGCGGAAUCGAACAAAAUGAAGGAUUCUGUGGAUCAAAUGAAAGUAACUCAAGAUGAGAUGAGACGAUCUCAAGCGAGGUUUGAAGCUGAGGUGAAACAACACUUCGAAAGAAUGAUGAAAAUGAUGAAUCAGUUAUUGCAAGGAAACAAUUUAAACAACAACAUCAAUGGUGCCAGCGCUAUGGAACCAGCAACUGUAGAAAAUAAUCAAGAUGUUAUUAUUAUUGGUGGUCGGUACGGGUCAAAAGUUUUCGAGGUAUUAAAUACAGUCGAGAAAUACAACAUAGUAGAAGGAAAGUCAACUCCGCUGCCAGGAUUGAAUCAUCCUCGAGGAGCAUCAGCAUCGUGUGUUUACAACAAUGACGUUCUUGUCGUUGGUGGUAACGAUGGUAAAGGAGGAACUGACACGAUUGAAGUUUUGAAGAGGAACCAACAUCCUUUGCGAUGGACAAUGUUUGAUGGUAAACUGCCUGUCAAAUUAUCUGGUCAUGACGUCAUAGUUUAUCAAGAAAAAUUAUAUACAAUAGGAGGAUAUGACUGGAAUGAAGGAAAAAUAACGAAUGCCAUUUAUGAGAUUGCUCUUACCCCACCUUAUACUGGCAAGCUGCUGACGAGAAUGCUUGAGCCAAGAAUAAAUCAAAGAGCAGAACUUGUUAAUGGAAAACUAUUUAUCUUGGGCGGAACAACAACCUUCCUUAGUAAAGAUGCUCUUGACAGCGUUGUUGUUUAUGAUUUGAUUAAGAAUGAGUUCAAGCCAUGUCCAUCGUUACCUCAGCCUGUUUUUGCUAUGUCCACAGUCACUUGGGGUCAUAUGAUCAUCAUCGUUGGUGGUGGGAAUAAGAAUGGCCAGGCAUUAAAUGACGUCAUAAUGUACGACACAGAGACUGGGCGAAGCGAUAGUCUGCCCUCCAUGAUUCACAAAAGAAGCGACAGCUCUGUCGUAAUCAUGAAUGACGUCAUUGUCGUGUUUGGUGGAUUGAAUGAGGAGCAGGAAGAUUUCAACUCAGUGGAAUCUUUCACCAUUGGUGGAGAUGGCUGGAAAGAACUGCCAGGAAUGAUAGAAAAAAGACAGUAUGCUACUGCUGUAGUUAAACCUUGCGACUGAAAAGAUUUCUCACGAACGGUAGUAAUUUCUAACGAUAAUAUUUACAACUAUAUAUUUUGUGUGUAAUAUUUCAGUCAACUCUUGCACGAGAUGUAUGUAUAAAGGGGUGUUACACUAUGCAACUUUCCUUGCAACUUGCAAUGCAAAUCUACU